UCACACCCUUCGAAGUAAAAUUCUAACUAGACAGUUAUUUGUCUAGAGACUGAUUCUCAAAAGAGUCACUUGUAGUUCAUGUCUAGCUUGAAGAACAAUAACUAGAAAAACCCUUCAAACAUGUGGAAAUUUUUUAUGCUGCUGUUAUUACCCUUAAUGUUUGCGGAAUCAUUUCAAGACUCAGCAUCAAAUUAUUCCCAAAUCGAAACAAUUAGGCCAAAAACGUUUCCUGGAACAACAGUGCUUAACAGCUCACAGUUAAUCAACUCAUCCAUCCUGGAGCCUGUGAUAAACGUCAGUGCUGACGUCAUCAAUCACACCACUGGAAUUGUCAGCACUAGGAUCAUUCCGUCGGCGUACAUCGUAGCCAUCCUCAUCGGGAUCCCCUCUAAUGUCUUUGUAUUAGCCUGCCUUAGCAGAAGAAAGAGUCUUUCCAGCUGUAUCCAGUAUUUUAGCCUAGCAGUUUCAGACCUUCUCUUGCUAAUUUCUCUCACACUCAGAGUCCACUAUCACCUCAAUAACAAUAACUGGAUCUUUGGAGAGGUCGCCUGCAAGGUGGUGACUGCCUGUUUUUAUGGGAACAUCUACUGCUCCAUCCAUUCCCAUAUGUGUAUUAGCGUGAUGCGCUACCUUGCGGUGGUCCACCCGUUUCUCUACAGGACAAUAUCUAAAACGUCCUAUGCGAGUUUAUCCUAUGCGACUAGUUUAUCCAUUUGGAUUGUUUUCGCUAUUGCGAUGACACCUGAGUUUCUGGUUCAGCAAAGCUACCGUGUUCUUGGGGAAGAGCUGGUGACGUGUCAUGAUAUCCAUCCCUAUGAAAAAGCUUUCAACCAAGCUUUGAUUCCUUACAGACUGAGUCUCAUCUGCCUAGGAUUCAUCCUGCCAUCGCUCGUCAUCGCAUUUGUUUACGGAUCCAUUAUCUACCAUCUAAAUCGCUCCAGCAGUGACUGGAAACACUACAUGUGGGCAAGCACGUUGGUGUUUGGGAUCUUUUUAGUGUGCUUUGCACCAUGUAAUGCACUUCUUUUUGCACACUAUGUAAAGCUGUACACUCAGCAGCAGUAUGAUUUGUAUUCUUACUACAGAGUAGCCGUAUGUCUGUGUUCUUUCCACAGCUGUCUUGACCCCUUCCUCUCAUAUCUCCUCACAAAGACUUCAACUUCCAGAGUCAAGUUUAGAUCCUUUAGCUCUAAAGAUUCAAACGUUUUGUCCAUGAGCUGAGUCGUUUAUAACGCCAGGAUGUUUUUGUUGUGGAUUGCAAGGGGGGGCUUCCUUAUCUAAAGAAUGUUAUGGUUAGACUUCCCACUUUUUACUUUAGAAGAGGCUCCUGAUUUUGUACAGAAGUGAAAUAAGUUGGACAUUCAAAGCUGAACACAAAAUCUGAAAGUUGAGUGUUGAGUAAAAACUGUUCAAGAAAUCUGUAUAAGAAAAUGCAUGUGAAAUAAGAGAUGUAACCUCUUAGACAUUUAAUUGGUUCAGCAAUGUUAUUCUGUUUAACCUUGCAG